AACAGGAACUGUGCUAUAACGUUUUUUUUAAUGAGCAUCAUUUUUUACUGGAUAUUUUGGGUUGUAAACCCAGUGUAAGCUUUAAUUAUUAGAGUGAAUAGUGUAAUGAAUAAACCCUGUAAUUGAUUGUGAUGUGUGUUUACAGGGUGUCACAGGAGCAGGCCACGGCCGCCAGGAUGACGAGUGUGCUGUGCAGGCGAGCCGGCCGGUGGAUCAGAGCGACUCGGAGCGUGAGGUCACUGAGGUUUUUCUCCACCGCCGGAUCUUCGGGAUCAGACGAGCCAUACGUAGCGGUUUCAUCUCACACUGCAGUAGGCCCCAGAACAGUGUGGCCUGAUGAGACCAUGGGUCCUUUCGGCCCUCAGGAUAAACGCUUCCAGUUGCCGGGUAACGUGGGUUUUGACUGUCACCUUGGCGGGACGGGCGAGGAGGAGCAGGCAGCACCGACCCAGCGCACGGUUCCUGACGUCCUCACGGCACCGUCCAACAGCGAGAGACACGAGUUCGUACUGGCACAGUUCAUCACUGAGUACCAGACUAAAGAGGCGCUGCUAUGGACUCAGAGAAUCAGCAAAGCGGAGGAAUAUUUUACUCUCUGUGAUGUGGAGUGUUCUAUGCAUUCCUGUCCUGAGCUGCUGAAACAAGAGUUAGAAUCAUUUUUUCCAGCUCUUCCUGUCAGUGCCAUCACCGUGGUGACGAUAAAGCAGAAAAAAAACACGACAGAGGCCGAACUGAGCACGCGACAGCUGCUAGAUAAUUUUAUUAACGGUGCUAAAGAGAUCUGUUUCCUGUUGUGGAGAGGAGGAUACUGGGCCGACUUCAUCCACCCCUCGUCUGGGAGAGCCUAUUUCAGUGCUGCGUCACAUGACCCGGUUCUCCAGGCGGAUCAGCAGCGUCACUCUGGGUUCCAUAUAGAGGACGUGGCGUCCUGCAGAGUCACGGUUCACGUCCUGAGCGACACACACGCCCUUGCGGGGACGCUGAUCACCAGCGCGCCGUCCGGCAGCCUCAUCAUGCAGCGGCUCAGAGGGCACACACCCGAAUGAGACGCCACACACACACCCCUUCUCGAUGUGACGGACGCUGACGCAGAUCUGCUGCUGUCUUAUUACUUGAGUUUGAAGAGAGGCUUAAUUCAAAGCGUUAUUUAUUUACUUCCUGAUAGUUAUGUGACACCUGGCUGUUCUGAUUAAAGGGUUAUUAUAUAGACUAAAGGCUUAUACCCGACUUUAAGGAGGGUAUAAGGGGGGAAAGUAGAUUAUUACAGAGCACGUGUUUGGGUGAGGAGAGAAACACCAUGAACAUCUUUAUAACUGGAAUGCAGUUAAAUCGUGUUGCACUGUAUUCCAGGCUGACUGAGAACAAACUUCACCACAGGAUUGUUCUAGAAUGGAGUUUAAUUCACAGUGAGGUGAGAAACUACAUCACACAGGUGCUAAACUGUUCAUGUUAUUACCCAAGACAAUUUCUUAAAUAAAAAAAAAAUAUAUAUAUAAAUAAAUAAAGGAUUCUAGCAGUCUAGUAAUUUCUCACAGCAGGAUGGGGUAAAGGCGAGUAGAAACGUCACUCUGUCAUUGAUUUCAGGGUCCUGACCCGAGGUAAAAUGUCCUCCAGACUCUCAGCACCUGCACGCGCACACACACAGAGAGACAGUUUCACAGAUACACUCACACCCCAGCUCACCACACACAAAUGUAAAGGGGUGUGUGCAGGGCUCUACAGUGCCACCAUUUCACUCGCAUUUGCAACUGAGAAGUUCUUUGUGCGACUGUGAAUAAAUAUUUAUUCGCACCGGUGCGAGUGACCUGUUCGGAGCUGUAGAAUACAAUCGGAAUAAAAACUAAAACGCGAAUGCUUCUACACCGCGCAACGGUUACUUUCACACUGCUUUUCAUCUCCUCAGUCAACCGCACAAGUGUGGAAAUACUGCAGAGAAGCCAUUAUGAUGACGAGAAUAACUCUGAACAUCAUCUGCUUCUCACAACCGCCAUCUUUUAUUGAUCCUGCAAAAUGACCUGAACUUUCACCUGCUCGUGUAGACACAGCGGUAAAUUAAUAAUAAUGUUAACGCUACAAGGUGGGUUUUAAUUCAAACUUCUUUAUUAAAUAAUUCCUCACCAAUCAUAUUCAAGAGUAGAACUGUUCGGUCUGUAGACACGCGGUACACUGCCGCUCUCCUUCACUCUCUUCACUAACUCGUCCUGGCUCACACGCACAGGGCAUUCACUUCAUUUAAACUCAGUUUCCAGAUAGCACUAGAAGAGUCAACUCCAGUUCCCAUGUUUUGAUAUAAGCCCCAAAAAUAACAAUUUCAGCAGACAUGGCAACACCGUACUGGGGGAACCGAUCUAAAAGGAACAACUGAAACAAACAAAA